CCCCCCCCCCCCCCCAAAAACAAAACCGGCCUUGAUUUAAACCUCCAGAUUCCUGGUUCCUCCUUACGUCCCAGUCGUUUCCGAUUGAUCGCCCUAUUCCUCCUUGUUUCCUACCGCGCCCUCCCAGUGAUACUCGCUCUGAGCUGGAUAAGACGGUCGCUGGGUCAUGGAAGUACACUGAUUGAUGGUCUUUGCAUAUAGUAGGACCUUGAGGGAGGACUGUUCAUGAUGGGCCGCCAUCACGUAAUUCGAGACUUGCUGGAUUACCUCCGUAUUGGUUAUCCAAUUCUCCUGCUUGUUGUGUUUGUAUCUUCCUUUGUGGCCAAUUCUAUUUUGACCGCCAGAAAUGUGAAUAAGAACCCCCGUGCAUCGCCAACCGGUCCCGGGGGCCGUCCGCUUCCCAAGCGAUCGAGGAGCAGUGUGGUCGUGGUAAAAGCGCCCCAGCAGUUUUCUCGAAAUACCAAGUCGUGCUUCAAAUGGCUUUCCUUUGCGAUCUUGGUCACCCUCGUGGUCGAUGCUGCUACUAAUGUGGCUCAUGUGAUAAUCGCCAGAUCGGAUCAAUGGUGGUGCGGUCAAGCUGUCGUGAUCUACGUUGUGGGAUCUUUUUUCGACUACGCAAUUAUUCUGGUCUCUUUAUUGGAUACGGAUCCAUCCCCGACAUUUGCCCAGUUCGUCCCAUGGGCAAUUGCAGUACCCUUGGAAUUUACAAUCCUGGGACUUUCCCUUUCCAUCUACUCGCGCGCGCACCACGAAACAGUGGUGGGAGACCCUACCGGUGGCCGUCUGCAGCCUGGUAUUACUCCGUGGGAGUCCGUAGGGGUGGUGUCCAAUGCCAUCCGAAUUUUGAUUCUGCUGGCGUUGGUCAUGCUAUACACCUGCAAUUCGCUGAGGGCCAAGUCGGUGGCGCAUAAAGCGGCUCGUAAUCAUAUUGAUGGUCCCACCGAAACUACCGGACUCCUUGGUUCGCACGCGGAGAACGGAAAUGGCGAGGCCUACGGUUCGACUUAUGCCGCUCAGGGGAAUCCCCAGCAAAACUCGAAGCCCACCGACCCGUGGGUGCGCCCAACAACCGUGCCGUCCACCAGCUGGUGGGAAUACCUUAGUGGCUACUCCUUAUUCUUCCCGUAUCUUUGGCCAUCCAAGUCCCGCCGGUUACAAUUGGUUGUGGUCAUCUGCUUCCUGCUGAUCAUCCUCCAACGUGUGGUUAAUGUGCUCGUGCCUUAUCAAGUGGGCGUCAUCACCAACAUCUUGUCCAAACAAGAUGACGAAUUUCGCGUCCCAUGGUUUGACAUCUGUCUGUAUAUCUUCUAUCGCUGGUUGCAGGGCAACCAGGGCCUGAUUGGAUCCUUACGUUCCAGUUUGUGGAUUCCUGUCAGCCAGUAUUCGUACAUGGAACUUUCUACUGCCGCCUUUGAACACGUGCACAGUCUUAGCCUGGACUUCCAUCUCGGUAAGAAAACUGGCGAGGUCCUCUCUGCUCUCAGCAAGGGUAGCUCUAUCAAUACCUUCCUGGAGCAGGUUACCUUCCAAGUCGUCCCGAUGUUGAUUGAUCUUUGUGUCGCAAUCGUUUAUUUCCUUGUUGCCCUUGAUGCCUACUACGCUCUGGUCGUCACUAUUGUCACCUUCUGCUAUCUGUAUGUGACCGUGCGUAUGGCCCAAUGGAGAGCAGAAAUCCGGAGACAGAUGGUAAAUUCAUCACGACAAGAAGACGCGGUGAAGAACGAUUCGAUGGUCUCUUACGAAACAGUCAAAUACUUCAACGCAGAGGACUACGAGUUUGGAAGAUAUCGCGGAGCGGUUGCAGAUUUCCAGUCAGCAGAGUAUCACGUUCUCUUCUCUCUCAACCUCAUGAACACAUCGCAGAAUACCGUGUUCAUGCUUGGCCUGCUGAUUGCCUGUUUUAUCGCUGCCUACCAGGUCUCGCUGGGCCAACGGAAUGUAGGUCAAUUUGUUUUGCUUCUCACUUACAUGGCCCAAUUGCAGGGCCCUCUCAACUUCUUCGGAACAUUCUAUCGCUCAAUUCAAUCGGCCCUGAUCAAUUCAGAGCGGCUGCUAGAGCUGUUUAGAGAGCAGCCUACCGUUCUUGAUAGGCCUAGCGCCCGGCCACUUUCCCUCUGCAAGGGAGACAUCAAGUUCGAGAAUGUUGAGUUCUCCUAUGAUACCCGGAAACCGGCGUUGAACGGGCUGACUUUUCACUGCGAGCCCGGAACCACAACCGCGCUGGUCGGUGAAUCUGGUGGAGGAAAGUCGACGGUUUUCCGUCUCCUUUUCAGGUUCUACAAUGCCGAGAGAGGUCGUAUUCAGGUCGAUGGACAUGAUGUGGAAAGCAUCACAAUCGAUUCUCUUAGGAGACAUAUCGGCGUUGUACCUCAGGAUACCGUGCUCUUCAAUGAGACUCUGAUGUACAACCUGAAGUACGCGAACCAGAACGCUACUGAUGACGAUGUGUACGAGGCGUGCCGGGCUGCGAGUAUUCACGACAAAAUCAUGUCAUUCCCAGACGGAUACAACACCAAGGUUGGUGAGCGUGGCCUUCGGCUCAGUGGUGGAGAGAAGCAGCGUGUGGCAAUUGCGCGGACCAUCCUCAAGAAUCCACGAAUCAUCCUUCUGGACGAAGCUACUGCCGCUCUCGACACAGAGACGGAGGAGCACAUUCAAGGCGCCUUGGCUACUCUUUCCCGUGGCCGAACUAUGCUUGUCAUCGCGCAUCGACUAAGCACCAUCACAACCGCCGACCGUAUCUUGGUCUUGAGCGAGGGUCGGGUGGCAGAAAGUGGUACCCAUGACCAACUGCUUGCAAUGAAGGGCCGAUAUGCAAGCAUGUGGCGGAAACAGAUUCGUGCUCAACGAGCAGCGGCAGAAGCUCAAGUGCUUCAGGAUCGGGCACAGCGAUUGCGCAGUGCAUCUACUACCGCUGUUGGUGACGACAGCUCUAGCCAGUCCGAUGAGGACCCCAACAGCAAUGCCGGUGCAAAUGCAACCCGACAGACACAAUUACACCGUCACUAGGGUCGCAAGUAGCCAAGGUAAUACCACUGAUUUCAUCGUAUCCUCUUGACGAUGAAAGACUUAUAUUAGAAUGGUGGGCGGGGGCGCUGAUCUCGUAGAUUUGAGCGGAGCUUUGGAUUUUGCCUUGCGUUUUCUAUUCCCCUCCCGACUAUGCCACAUUUUUUUUUAUUACCCUUUCAGGCUCAAACGGCGUUCGGAGUGACUUGCGACUUUGGAUUGACCUCUGCAGCAGGAGGUAUGGCGUGCAAAAUUCACUAGACCUGUUACGCUUGGAAAAAUGAUCGCCAGAGCAUGACACUCGUCCAUAGCAUAGUACUUAAUAUAAAGGAGAAUUUUCAUGUUGCCA